AUGAAUUCGUUUCUCACGCACAACACCCUGCCUUAUCAUCAACCGACGCAGAUGCACCAGAUGAUGAUGGCGGAGCCCAAAUACUCGCCGCCGGACGAUUACGGCAACAUGCAGAACUACAUGGGUUCGCCGGACUUUUUCGGCAGCCCUCACCACCAGCAUCAUCACCACCAACAUCAGCACCACCACCCCUCUCAUCACGCCAAUCACCUGAGCCAACAGACUCAACACGUCGGCAGUAAUGGCGGCGGUGGUGGAGGCGGCAGUGGUGGCCACCAGCAAGUGCAGGCAAGCGUUGGUGGCGUCGGUGUCGGUAGCUCCAGUGGCCUCGGGGUAAGCGGCGGCGGUGGCGGUGGCCACUAUCAGGGAAACUAUCAGCAACACAUGCAGGCCAUGUACCCGAGCCCUGGCCAGACGCCGUCGUAUUACACCAGCGCGGCAACCAAUUAUGGCGCGUACCAGAUGCACCAUGGUGGCCAAAUGCCACUCGAGGCGCAACAACCCCCGGCCUCCCUGAUGCACAACGCCGUGGGGCAACAGUGCCAGGGCGGCAGCAUAAUACCGUCCGGGGCCGGCGGUGGCCUACAAUCCGUAGCCCUUAACGCGGUCAUGUCGCACGACAUCAAGGACGACUCGUCGCCGUCUCCGCUGCCUUGCCACCUCCAACCCAGCCCGUCGUCGUCCAACCACAUGUCCAACAACCCGCUGGACGGGUCAUGCUCCGACGACAUGGACGACUGCAACACGGACACGGACGAGAUGAUGAUGACCACGGUCAACGGGUCACCGAUCAUGAUGGACGACAGCGAGUCUUCAGACCGGGUCAUCUAUCCGUGGAUGAAGAAGAACCACGUGGCCGGAAUGCCAAACGGCGCUUACCAGCCGGUGGACGUGAAGAGACAACGGACCGCUUACACCCGGUACCAGGUGCUGGAGCUGGAGAAGGAGUUUCAUUUCAACAAGUACCUGACCCGGAGACGGAGGAUCGAGAUCGCCCAUUCGCUGGUGCUGUCCGAGCGGCAGAUCAAGAUAUGGUUCCAGAACCGGCGAAUGAAGUACAAGAAGGACAACCAUCUGCCCAACACGAAAAAUGUGCGUCGAAAAAACGGCAACUCUCAACCGGCGGGCAAAAAGUCCCGGGCCAAAAACAACAACAACAACAACAACAACAAUAGUAACAACAAUAACAACCAUCAGCAGCAGCCGCUGUGCUCGCCAUCCGGGUUGAAAAUAGAUUCGCACGACAUGUCGCCGCAACAACAACCCGAGUUGAGGUUACAACAACAGAACGAUGCCGGGUCGACGUCACUGAUGGCCGCCAUAAUACCGUCGUCGUCGACGUCUUCGUCUUCGUCGUCGUCCGCCGCGGCCUCGUCGGUCGCUGGGCACAACAAUCCGGCUGCCGCAGCCGCCGCCGCCGCCAUGCAGCAACAGCUCCACCAACAACAGCAACAGCAGCAACAACAACAACAGCAACAACUCCAGCAGCAGCAACAGCAACAGUUACAGCACUGUCUGAACCACCGCGGGCCACCGCACCUGUCUCAACACCUACAGCAACAGGGUUUGGCCAUCGGGGUGGGCGCCGGCGAGUACGGCCUCACUCAGCUGUAACGGCACGUUUGCAGAUCGUGAGCCGCCCGUUUUCCAAGGUAUAAGUUACUUGACAUAAAAUGAAAAUAAAUGAAAAAAAAAUACCGUAAAAUCCAACGGAUAAAAAUAAGAAAGUGAUCACCGCGUUACAUGGUCCGUAAAUAGGCAUUACAUCUAGAUACUAUUUUAUAACCAUAUUGUCAUUAUAUAUCUACUGCAGACCUCAGACAUUCUACAUUUCUUCAGUCGUUCUAUACACGGGAUUUUUCUUUACACUUCACAGGUUGUUUGGAGCUGUUUGCGGCAGAAU